CUUUUAUUUUGAGCACUCUUCUUAUAAACAAAAUUAACAACUUUCUCCUUCUUUCUCACAUUCUUCCCUUCUUGUUACAAUCGUAAAUCUUUCCUUAUUUCCAACUAUCGAACCAUGGAAAUCGUUCUUGAGCCUCUCGUCUCUGAACUCCUUAGCGGGUUGUUUAAGAUAUUGGGCUCCAGUGAAGUGCGGGACUUUGCCCGGCAACUUGUUGGAAGGGUAGAUUCAGAGAUCAAAGAGCUGGAGAGCAAGUUGCAGAUGGUUGAAGAGCUUCUUGGCAAUGCAGAAGACAGGCAGCUGAGGGAUAAACGAGUCAAAGAGUGGCUUGACAAUCUUCAACAUUGGGCUUAUGAUGCGGAGGACUUACUGGAUGAGUUCGCCUACGAAGCUUUGCGACGCAAACGCAAGGCAGAACACCAGGCUAGCUCCAGCAGAGGAUUUAGCUGUCUUCCUGCUUCUUUCUGUAGUCCUUCGUUCGCUGUCCAGAUGGGGUCCAAGAUCAAAGAAAUCAAUAGUCGGUUGGAAGAACUUCGCCAACAAAGAUCACAUGAACGUCAAUUUCAAGACAUUUCUGGAAUGACACCAACUAACGUAGCUGCACCGCAAAACCGAGAGGAAACUUCAAGCGUCCGACCUGAACAAGGUGUUUAUGGCAGAGAUAAAGAUAAAGCUGAACUACUGAAAAUGGUGAAAAAUGGUGCCAACUUUCAAGUAAUAGCAGUUGUCGGCAUGGGAGGGAUCGGCAAAACAACAAUUGCUCGUGAAGUGUACAAUCACAAGGAGUUGGAAGAUUUCAAGUUUGAGAAAAAAGCGUGGGUGUGUGUUUCAACCACAACCACCUUUGACGUUCUCAACAUCUCAAAGGCACUUCUUGAGCAAUUCUCGUCCUCUGUUUCAAAUAAUUUAGAUAAAGUGCAACGUAAUCUAAAAGAUGAAGUAAGGGGAAAAAAAUUCUUGAUAGUAUUAGAUGAUAUUUGGAUGGUGGAGUACGAUGAAUGGGAAAAGCUCAUGUCUCCUUUCACAGCUGGUGCACCUGGAAGCGUGAUGAUCGUGACAACACGCGAUGCAGAUGUUGCACGAAAAAUAAGAUGCUCUCAUACUUAUCGAUUAAGGCCUUUAUCCAACCAAGCUUGUGAGUCCUUGUUUAAGGAGCAUGCAUUUGGGACUGAUGCAGCUGCUGUUCCUAAUCAAAUUUCGGAUUCAAUUUACAAGAAAGUUGUUGAAAGGUGUUGCGGUCUACCACUGGCAGCAAGGACCCUCGGUAGUCUUCUACGCUUUAAGCCGAGCGAUACAUGGGAUAAUAUAUUGGAAAGCAAAAUAUGGAGUACACCUAAUGAAAGUGAUCACGUUCUCCCAGCAUUAAAGCUAAGCUAUUAUUAUCUUCCUUCCAAUCUAAAAAGAUGUUUUGGCUAUUGCUCAAUUUUUCCUCAGGAUUACGAAUUUGAGGAGAAGGAACUUGCACUUUUAUGGAUUGCUGAAGGUAUUGUUCAACCAUCUGAGAAGCAACUAGACGAGGCAAGUGAGUGUUUUCAUAAAUUAUGUUUAUGGUCGCUUUUCCAACAAUUAAGUAGUGAUAGUUCUAAAUAUGUUAUGCAUGAUCUUGUUCAUGAUCUUGCUCGAUGGGCUUUUGAAGGAAUCGGUUUUAGAUCUGAGCAAAAUAUUGUUGGGCCAUCAAAAAAUUUUGAAAAAGUUCGUCAUUUUACCUAUAAACUUGAUCGUUGCACUAAAAUAAAUAAAUUUAAAGCUUUGGAAAAAGCAAAAAGUCUAAGAACAUUUUUGCACAUGGGACCUCGAUGCCCUGGUUUUAUGAGUGCUAUAGUUAUUUCUGAUUUGUUGCCAAAGUUAAAAAUGUUGAGAGUACUAUCUUUUGAACGAUAUCUAAUCAUUUAUUUACCUGAUUUAAUUGGAGAUAUGAUACAUCUAAGGUAUCUCAACUUCUCUUAUACUAAAAUAAAAAGUUUGCCUGAGUCAACAUGUCAAUUAUUGAACUUGCAAACUUUGCUAUUGAAAGAUUGUUUUUAUCUCAUGAAGUUACCUUCCAAAAUGAGAUAUUUGACUAAUCUUUGUCAUCUUGAUAUAAGUGGUCGAAAUUCAUUGAGAGAGAUGCCAUAUGGAAUGAAAAAGUUGAAAAAUCUUCAAGUGUUGUCUAAUUUUAUUGUGGGAGAGGAUACACGUUCUUAUUUGGAAGAUUUGAGGAGUUUAAGUUUUCUUCGAGAGCUUCACAUUUCAGAAUUACAGAAUGUGACAGAUCUAAAUCACAUACAAGAGCAAAUACUAAGCAAUAAGAGCAAACUAAAAGUGUUGAUACUAGAAUGGAGAGAUCAAGUAAACUCACAGGCAACAGAUGUAGAAAUGAAUCUACUUGACAAGCUAAAGCCUCCCAUCAAUUUAAGAGAACUCACAAUCAGAGGCUAUGGUGGUGAAAGUUUUCCAUCUUGGUUAGCAGAUUUGUCAUGGCUCUCUAAUUUGCGUGUGUUUACUAUUGAAAAAUGUCCCCAACUUAUUGGAGAAGUUCCUAAUUAUUUUUCUUCAUUAGAAAGAUUUGUUAUUAAGGAUUGUCCAAAGUUGGUGGUCUCAUUAUCAAAUUAUCCUAUAGGUUGCAAAUUAGAAAUUGAUGGUUCUAAAGGAACGGUGUGUAAUGAUGGUUCGAUUGAUUUUGAGAAUUUGGAUUCUAAAUAUCUUGCAAAUAUUUCGACAGUUAAAGAUAAAUUAAAGAAAGGUUCUCAAAGAGUAUCUCGUUUGAAGAUUGUUCAUAAUCAAGAGAUUAUAGAAUCAUGGCAAAGUUUGGAAAAUACUAAUUUUCUCUCUAAUAUAAAUUUUCUUGAGAUUAGUGAGUGUCAGAAUCUAAGAUCUAUUGGAAAGGGCAUGCUACCAUCAUCUCUAAAAUGGCUUAGGAUUGAAAGAUGUAGAGAGCUGAAAUUUUUGAAGAAUUUAAGUGUUUGUUCUCUUAUUGAGUCCAUAUAUGUUUAUCAGUGUAAAUCUCUCAAGUGCAUAUCAUUAGAUGGUCCGUUGCCUGAGACACUCAACGUUCUAUUUGUUGACAGUUGCGAAGCACUGGAAACAUUAUCAUCUCGUAGAAAUGAGUACCUCCCUAAGGCACUUACAUCCAUCUUUAUUUUAGGUUGUGAAGAGCUAAAGUCAAUUGCUGAGUCCUUUGAUAAUAGCACGUGUCUUCAAUAUAUUUGUGUAGUUGAUUGUAAAAAUCUUGAAUCCUUACCUUCAGGUCUACACCAUCUUCCUUGCCUUGAGUCUAUUAAAAUAGAUGGAUGUCCAAAAUUGUCGGUGAGAGAAGGCGUUCCCACCAGCCUUAGACAACUCUUAAUUAAUGAAUGUGAAGAUGGCAAGGGAAUGGGAAUGCUCGCCUCUCUAAAACGGUUGACCAUCUGGAACCUCCCACAACUUAAAUCUAUCUCAGACCUCACCGAUCUCACCUCUUUAAAACACUUGCGUAUCGGAGAACUCCCUCAGCUUGAACUAAUUCCAAAUCUGAAAUAUUGGAGCCUCACCUCUCUUGAAAUAUUGGAGAUCCAUGGUCUCCCACAGCUUGAAUCAAUCCCAGAUCUGAGCAACCUCACCUCUCUUCAACGGUUGCAGAUCGCUAGUCUCCCACAGCUUGAAUCAAUCCAAGAUCUGAGCAACCUCACCUCUCUUGAAGAUUUACAAAUUUCCAAGUGCCCAAGGAUCAAAUCAAUUCCAAGUCUCAGCGGCCUCACCUCUCUUCAAGAGUUGAAGAUCGCUGAUCUGCCACAGCUUGAAUCAAUCCAAGAUCUGAGCAACCUCACCUCUCUUGAAGAUUUACAAAUUUCCAAAUGCCCAAAACUCAGAUCCCUGCAAACCCUGCCAUCCUCACUUCAGUCUUUACAAAUUACAGAUUGUCCACUGCUUAUAAAACGAUGGAAAAGUGUUACGGGAAAAUAUUCCUCAAAGAUUGCUCAAAUUGCUAGAGUUGUAAUGGAUGGCAAAUUCAUCUACAAUUCAAAGGAGUACGAAGUUGAUGAUGAGAGCUUCUUUUUCUAAUUUUCCGAUAGCACAGAUACGCCUAAUUCCAUCAAAGCUGAUGAUCAACAAGAAUCUCUCAAUGGUGGUUCGUCCAGGACUGCUAUGCUUAGAUUCAAUGUUGCAGAAAUCAUCGGAAAGGCUUAAAAUGAUCCCAAAUCAUUUCUGUUCUGCACAUCUAAUUACACAUUUUCUACCUUACUCUUGGGUUUAUAUAUGGAGUCUGCCAAUUGAUGAGAGCAAAACCAAGUAAUGGAUUUCUAUAUAUCUUGCUGAAGCAGAGCAACUGGUAAAUUUUCACCUUAUGCAAGCAUGUGAUAAAUUCUUUCUGAAUUUCUGUUUCCUCUUAUGUAGACACUUAUUCUUUCAAUUUCUAAGAGGGUCAUACAGAUUAGAUGAUAUUAUUGUUUAAUUUGUAUGAGUUUAGAGAUUUAAUGCAAAUUUCAUAAUUUUGGCUUCUAUUUCUAUGCUUCUACAAUUAAGGGCAGGAACAUGUGGAGGCAAGUGUUGAGCUAUCUUCAUUCUCAAAUUGAACAAUUGAUUUAAAACUAGAUCUCCUUCCGUUUUAGAUUGUUUAAUUAGAACAAAAUUUUCAGUUGGCAACAAGAUUCUUGGAUUGGAGUUUUAUCAGUAAGAAGCAAGUAAAUAAUUGAAAGUGGUUCCUCUGUUCCAAAACUUCUCUACUUUGUCAUCUCAUGGAUUGUCUCAACUCUUGUGGUUCCAAGGUGCCACUGUCUCCAACUUAAUACAAGAACUGUUAGAACCUAAAUCCUGGCAUGUCUAAGUUUUCCAGAUCUGAACUUACUGGUGUGUCUGCUUGCUGAAAUUACAAUACUGAGAUUGUAUCUUCUAGCUGUUGCAACGGUUAAUCAAACAGCAUUUUUUCUGUUUGUGUGUAUGGUAUUUUUAUUGUUAUCUCAUUGUUUUCGUUUUGGGCAAAGAUAUAUUGUGAAAUCCAUCAUUGUUAAUCCAUGGUUUACUUUUUAUAGCUUAUUUAAGGAAUCAUUAUUUACUUUCUCUAUGCAAACAACACUAUGCAGGAUUCCCACACUUAAAUUAACAUUGCAGAAAUUGUUGGGGGGCUUAGAGUUUUCCUUCUCCAACUUCAUUCCACCAAAUGGUGAGAAAAAUUAAGAGAUGAACCUCUACAUAUUCUGCUAAAGCAGCACAACCAGUCAGUGUCCAUCAAAGAAGUGAAUACUGAAAGAAUUUCGAGAUGAAAUCCACACAACUUCAAGGGAGUUACGUGUGACCUUGGAUGAAAGACAUGAAUUAGAAGUUUAGCUUAUGACAUUUGUACAGUAGCUUUUUAGCAAUCAGUUCUAUGGUGAAUUACAUCUCACAAACUUUGGAGAUUAAGAGGUGUUUUGUUGAUAUAAUUUACUACAAAAGGCAUGCUAGAUCUGAUAAUUUCCUGUCCUUACCAAAUCAACUAAACAGUCUCUCAUCCCUUAGAAAAGGGAAGAUAGGGCAAAAAAUCUCUUGAAGCAAAUGGAUGAAAUUAAAAAAAAUUACAGCACUUCAGAAAUUUGUGAUUUGGUUGUAGGGUUUAAAAGUUAAGUAUACUAACAGCAACACGACUACAGAAAUGGAGAAGCAAUGAGGAGCUUUGAAGAACAAACCCCUAGGUCAUUGCUUCACAAAGUGGGCCUCAUCGUGUUGUCAUGGCAUUGUAAACUUAUUGUGAUGAUAAGAGGAAUAUGAAGCAGGCAGGGUAGCAAUGUAGGGAAAGAAAAUCUACUAAAGUAGCAUGUUGUCAGUUCCGAUAGUGGUGAUCUAGCCAUAUGGUCGGAAAAUUUCAGUUCACUAACACCAAACGGCUAGUGACCUGGAGAGAAUCUCAAGAAGGUUAAGGCCACAAACCACUAGAUCAUUGCUUCAUAGACUUGGGGCUUCAUCAUGUCACCAUGUCAAAAAAUGCAGUGGUAGGGUGUUACAGACCUGGAGUUCUGCCUUGAAGCUGCUCUUCACUGCUGCUGGAUUAGUGGUAUCAGGAUGUUUGUUGGAGAUUGUAAUGUGUUUGGGGAUGAAAUAGAUGCUGAAGAUGUGCUGCUGGGUUGGCUCUUCCUUGCUGCUGCAGUCUUGUUGCUAGAAUAAUACUGGAACAAGAAAUCUGGAAUUUAUGUAUGGAAUGAUAAAUGUACUCAAAUAUCAUAACAAUCUUUGUAAAUUUAUGCUAAUACUGAAAAGAUUUUCCAGAAUUACAAUAAAAGUUCUAUUGAUCUA